GUUAAGGUCAAACUCUGACUACCUCAAGCAACAACACAGCAACUUUCUACUCACUAGGUGCUAUGGCUGGAGAAGGAGUUACCCACUGGAUCUCAUGCCCAGUGCGGUACCAAGGCCACUUUAAAAGAGAACUUGAACAGUGUGCAGACGACCACCAGCUAUUUGCCUUGCCUGGACCUGCAUGCCAGGAACUUAAAGUGGAGGCUGGAGCUGGGCCGACAGACAGUGAUGAUGAGGAUUCAGGCGAGCCCCUGUUCAGAAUACUACUGGACGUUACCCAGUUCAAACCAGAGGAUAUUCUGAUCCAGGUGUUCGAAGGGUGGCUACUGAUUCGGGGGCAUCACGGGGCAAGGAUGGACGAGCAUGGGUUUGUAUCACGGAGCUUCACCAGGCAGUACCAGCUGCCCGAUCAGCAGCUGCAAGCGGUCGACCUGACAGCCAUGCUGUGUCAUGAUGGAAUAUUGGUGGUGGAAACCAAAGACAGAUGGUGGUCAGCAUCUGAUUAAUGAAGUCAUUAUGCUCUUGAUCACAUUACCAAAAUAUGACAGGGGAGACAGACUGUUUGGAUUUUUCAUCACUGCUGAGCUCUUUGUUUAAUCAUUUUCUGAUUAUAUGCCAAGAAGUAUUUAAAACAAGGUCAAUGUUUCGUAUGGUGUGCAGUGCUUCAUGCAUUGUGUUGAAUGAUAACUGUUCCUAAAGCUGUAAGUCAAAAGAAAAACACAUUUUAACUAUUAAUAAUUAACACAAAUGACAUACUUCAAUAUGUGCAACACUGUUGUUGGGUUUAAAAGCUCUUAAAUAAAUAAACAAUAAAUGUAUGCUUAGCUUUGGCACUGUGUGUUGAUCUCCAACACCAAGAUAAGCAUGACCACAAAUGAAAAGCUGCGAUUGAGUCAUACAAGCCAGACAAGUAAUUAAUCAGCAUCAAUUAUACUCUGAAGAGGCAAUAAGAAUUGUUUCACACUUUUUUUUCGUAAAUCACUCAAAUUGCAAAUGAGUCACUCAUUGUUUUAAACAAACUGAUCAAACUAUGGAUGUCACUUUAUUUUUGAAAAGCGCUUGGGACAUGACCAGUGAAAAGAAAAGGAAGCACUGUGUGAUCAGUGACAACAGGUGACAAUCCUACUCAUAUACAUUUACACAUGCAAAUGUACGCAAACGUCUGUGCACCCCAGUCAAACUACAUGUUUUGAUGAUUUUUUUUCAA